CAGGCCAGAAAGGCCCAGUCAUCCCACAAAGCCUGAAAAUUCCUGAAAAGGAGGGGACACAGGGCAUAAGUGCUUCCCAGGGGGGUGACCCGGGACUGGGAUCUUAGCCCAGAUGAUCCUAAAGGUCCCUUCUGAGUAAAAUUCUAGGUCGUGUUUACUCGGAGUCUAAACCACUGGGAGCUUUGAGAGCGUCCUGGGCAGUUUCCUUUCAGGAAUGGUCGUGUGGUACCGUCACCACACUUACCUGGCUCUUUCAGUCAACGGUCGGGUGGCCCAGGCGUGGGUCAAGUACGUGAUCGGGCGAACAACAGCGUUGUUUACGUUCCUUUUUUCUGAAAAGUCACGAGCCACCAGCAAGUGAGGAAAUGAAAGUGAAAUCAGCUGAUGUGACACCAGUCAGCAUCAGUGCCCGGCCCUCGGCGAGCUGUUUACUUGGGCACAACUGCGAGUGCGAACGAGCGGGUGGGCCGAGACAGGGACAGUGUGUGCCCGCUCGGCCCCUCUCCGCCGGCCCGGGAGCCUGACCUUAGGAAGCCGGCGAGAGAGGAGACUCGGCCGAACCUGACUUCCUGCCCGGCCUUUUUACAGCGUCUGCGAGUCCAGCCUCUUCUUGUUUGGGGAAAAAUUAUAGACACUUAAAAAGUAAUGAGUGUGCCUGUGUGAUUUCGUGAGCAAUGGCCUCUGUCUUCACCAAGUCCUGAUUCCCGGAGGAGGGCGGGUGCCCAGGAAGGCGGCCCAGCAGAGGGCAGGAGACGAUGACUGUCCUGAGGCCAACGCGGGGCAGGCAGCUGCUGUUCCUGGGCAUCAUGCUGGCCACGGUGGCCGUCAUCUCCCUGCUGUUCUACGCGCUCCUCUGGAAGGCGGGCAACCUCGCGGACUCACCAGACCUCAGGAUCGGCUUCUACAACUUCUGCCUGUGGAACGAGGGCAGCGGCUCCCUCCAGUGCCACCAGUUCCCGGAGCUGGAGGCCCUGGGGGUGCCGCGGGUCGGCCUGGCCCUGGCCAGGCUCGGUGUGUACGGGGCCCUGGUCUUCGCUCUCUUCGUCCCCCUGCCCCUCUUCCUGGCCUGGUGCAACAGUAACGAGGCCGAGUGGCAGCUGGCCGUGGGCUUCCUGGCGAUGUCCUCCAUGCUGCUGGCCAGCGGCCUGGGCCUCUUCCUCACCUACACGUGGAAGUGGAUCAGGCUGUCCCCCCUGGAGCCCAGCUUUCUGGCUCUGGGCACCGCCCAGGCCUUGCUCCUCCUCUUGCUCAUGGCCACGUUUGUGUUCCCUCGGAGAGCAGAGGACAAGAUCAAGCUCGACAGCUACUAGUUCUGUUGGGAGGCUCACACGAUUGCAAGAGUUCGGUCUGAACUCCACUCAGAGAAGGUGCCAGAAAAUUCAUGGGCUGGCAUGUCUUCUCAACCUGUUUCAUAGCAAAUGCCGGCCUCAAGCCCUGGCAGAUGGGACCCACUGUGGAGGAGGUGGGGGUGACCAGUGCCAAGAAGGCCAGGGGGCAGCAGCCACGGGACCUGCGGCUUUUUAGUGUGGGGCUGUCCAUCCUGCGGGCCUUCCGGGGUUCCCAAGAACGCACCACAAAACCCACAGCUCAUGGCCCUGAGAACUCCUGCUUUAAUUAACUGAUCUGAGCAAGCCGUUCGCACCUCAUCCUCAGGACAAGGGGGAGAGGAUUCCCAUCACAGGGCCUGGUUUCCAGCAUAAUUAGCCAGCUGUCACACUAGAACCAAAUGAAAGUUCAUGGCAACAAAGGGGGAGCGUUAUGAAAGAGAGAGUGCACCUCAGUGUCCCUCUGGGCUCUGGUUAGCAAGCUCCCCCUCUCCACGGUGGGUGUGAGGUGAUGAGCCCCUCUCCUGAAGGCCCACGAAUGGUCCCUGAGGGAUUCACUGAAGACAGAACACGCGAGAACAAAGACAAGCCCUGGUGGCUUUGAAGGUUCUUCCAAAAAGUCUCCCAGACCUGAAGCCAGACAGAGCAGGGGGGCCCAGUGGGCAAAGCAUUCCUAGCAGGUGACCUGGGAGUCGGGAACAGGAUGCGCCAAAUUCCCGGGCAGGAGGGGAAGGUGAAAACAACGGGACAGUUCUGUGUACAUGCAGAUUGUUGGUGUUGUCACCUGUCAGCCCAGAAUCAGAAAGGACGGAAACAACUCGAACGCUGGGGGACUGUUUGUAUUUUUCAGCACCUGUGUAUUGGAAAACCCUAUACAGCAAAUGACUGUGUCACUCUGCCUGUCCAAACCCAUGCUGAAUAGAGUCAGAAAUGGGGA